ACCCACCUCUUCUCCUCCUCAUCUCCAGUCCCACUCCAUGGCAACUUUCUCCUUCUCCUCCAGAUUGCCUUUCCUUCUUGUACUGCUACUCUGCUGCGCCAGCUUCGGCAGCUCGGACUUCGCCCAGGACAAGGCGAAUUGCCAGGACACGCUCGUCAGCCUCGCCACCUGCCUCACCUACGUCGAGGGCCAAGCAAAGGCGCCAACUCCGGACUGCUGCGACGGCCUCAGCAAGAUCCUCUCCAAGAACCGGACGUGUCUCUGCGUCCUCAUCAAGGACCGCAACGAGCCCGGCCUCGGGAUCACGUUCAACGCCACCCUCGCCAUGAAUCUGCCCACCGUAUGCCAUGCAUCUUCCAACAUCUCCGAGUGCCCCGAGCUUCUUCACCUACCGCCACACUCGAAGGAAGCUCAGAUCUUCGAGCAGUUUGGGAAGGCAAACCAAGGAAAUGCAAGCAGCGGCCAUGCACCAGAUGGCUCACUGGCGACGCCGGCCACAUCCUCCUCCACCACCAGCAGUGGCCAUAGAAUUAAUGGUGGAAGAUGCAGUAGGUAUGUUGAGGGCACAAAGUGGUUGGGGUUGGUGGUGGGUGGCGUUUGGGUGACCCCUCUCCUCCUCGUUGCCACCCUGGUCUAGGGCAUUAAAUGAAGGCAUGGUGGUGACGAGUCUGUCUGCAACCGAUACCUAAGAGGGACUGCAAAUUUCUUCUUCCAUUCUAUUCUCAUUGGAUUGUCAAGAUCUAUCAAUCUUUAGUUUCCUUGCUCAUAAUCUGUGUUCUAAGUUGCUGGCAUGAGUUUAGUUUGUUUGAACAAACAAUGUUAAGCAUUGAUGUUGUAGACUGAGGUAUGUCCAAGAUAAAUAUGUGGAUUAACUUUUGCUU